CCUUUUCUGCUAUAAGGUUUGUGAAUUCCACAACGGCUAGUUAGUACCAUCGCUUCAUUUUAUACCAACCAAACCCUCUUCACAAUUCAUCAUCUUCUUCAUUUCCCAAUUCUCAUUUCUUCUUCUUUCUGUGACCGAUUCAUUUUCAUUUGAUUUUUAUGGCUACCAUCAAUGGAAAUACUGAUGCUGCUCAACCCAUUGUUGCUCCAACAAAACAACCUCUUCCUCCUCCUAAGUCCGUUGAUUCCACCUCUGUUCUCAAAAGGUUGCAGUCUGAAUUGAUGUCAUUGAUGAUGAGUGGUGAAUCUGGUAUAUCUGCUUUUCCUGAGGAGGACAACAUAUUCUUGUGGAAAGGAACAAUAACAGGAAGCAAAGAUACAGUGUUUGAAGGCACAGAUUACAAGUUAUCACUGUCUUUUCCUAAUGAUUACCCUUUUAAGGCUCCCAAAGUCAAGUUUGAAACUACCUGCUUCCAUCCCAAUGUUGAUCUUCAUGGCAACAUAUGCUUGGACAUACUUCAGGAUAAAUGGUCAUCUGCUUAUGAUGUCAGAACAAUUCUACUAUCCAUCCAAAGUCUUCUUGGAGAGCCAAACAUUAGUUCACCACUAAAUCCACAAGCAGCACAGCUUUGGAGCAAUCAAGAAGAUUACAGGAAGAUGGUGGAGAAGUUGUACAAAUCUCCAAGUGCUACUGCUUAGACCUUUGGAAGUCUUAUCAUUCAAGUUGGAGAAAGGCUCUUUUCUGUCUGCUCUAGAGAAGAGAAAUGAUGAAAACCACCCAUUUAGUUUUAGGUGAUCCAUUUUUUUUUUUUAUGCUCUGAUGUGGUCCACUUCUGAAACCUUAUAACAAAUCAUUUUAUGUUUUCUCUUCAUAUUGAAUGUUAAAUUUAUAAUACAUGAUUUUUUGCCCUGA